AUGCUCGCCACCUCCAUCCUCUUCCUCUUCUUCAUCAUCCUCGCGGGCGUGACCGACUCGACGCCCCUCAACAAGACGUACUUCCUGCGCGCCCACACCGACGGCAUCACCGGCGCGCGCGCCUACUCGCAAUGGACCUACUUCUACAUCUGCGGCGACAACAACCAGGACUGCACGAGCGCCAAGGCCGGCCUCCCCCUGGGCUGGGCCUGGGCCGCCAACGCCCGCAACGUCCCCGACGACCUGGGCGGUAGCUACGGCGGCGGCACCACCUCGUACCACUACUUCUACAUGUGGCGCUUCAGCUGGGUGUUUAUCCUGAUUGCCCUCUUCUUCGAGGUGCUCGCCUUCUUCUCGGGCUUCCUCGCCUGCUGCGGCCGCCUCGGCGCCGCCAUCGCCUUCAUCGUCACCGGCGUCGCGCUGCUCUUCCACGCCGUCGCCACGAGCCUGUUCACCGCGACCUUUGUCGGCGCCCGCAACGCCUUCAACGACGCCGGCCGCAGCGCCGACCUGGGCGCCUACGGCUUCGGCUGGAUCUGGGGCUCGUUUGUCGCUGCGCUCAUCGCCCUCGUGCUGUUUGGCCUGGGUAUCCGCGGGGACAAGUCUGGCGGUGGUGCCGGCGGCGGCGGCCUCUUCCGCCGCAAGAGGAGCACCCGCUCGUACGAGGGUCGUCGUGUCAAGGAUGAGUAUUCGUGA